ACGAAGGAAGGCGGCCGAGCCUAGGAUGAAUUCUUCAAUAAACAUCAAGGAUGAAUCUGAGCUUUACAGAGUAAAGUACUCAAAGUUGAAGCGGAAGCUAAGGACCCUGGUGUUUGAGAAUGAGUCAUACCGGGAUGAGCUGAUGCGCUGCCAGCGCAAGCUGCUGAAAUUGAACCGUGACAAGUGUUUUCUGCUGGACCGGCUGCUGCAGUACGAGACGGCUGUGAACUCGUCCGACUCGGAGACCACUGAGGGCUCUGACACAGAGGCGGACAGUAAACACAGCAGGAGAAAAUUAGAAGCAGGAGCAGAACGAUCGCCGGCGAAACGAAAAAAGCAGAUAUUGAAGGGGAAAAAUGUGGCGGCGCGCUCCCAGGUGUCGCGCUCUUUCGGCGACAACGGCCACAUGACACCCGAGGAGGUGGAGCGACACCUGGAGUCGCGCACGGCCGUCAAAAACCCGGACAUGGUGCCGGAGCGCGCGCCGCUGACCGUACCGCGCCAGCUGUUCAGCACCGAGGAGGGCGACUGGGAGGGCCGCGAGUCCCUCGACACCGCCAGCAACGUCGACGAGGAGGGUCUGGUCAUCGACUUCCCGA